ACAGUCAUUCUACUAUACUUCACGCCCCACCCCACCUCCACCCCCCUCCCCAUACCCCACUACGUUGCGAUCGCGAUUGCUGUCGCUCGUCGAGAUCCUGGAAACUUAGAGUAAAGAUCGGACGUCACUGGUCUCCUCCAGGUGCCCUACGAUAUACCUGAAACCACCCCCCAAUCCACACCCCCCGCCAAGAACACGAUGAACGCGAAUGAUCCCCCGAGUCCGCAGAGCCCUCCAACCAUCCGAGGUCAUGAGAGCGGCAAUCUAUCCAUCUCGAUGAACAACGGCAAUGCCAACAUUCCGCGCUCCGCCCUCUCUCCCGUCUCCGUCGCCGGCAGCGACUGGUCCGGAAUCAAAAACUACAACUCUCCCGAGAACGAUCUGAUGUUUGGCGGGCCCCCGAGCAGUAACCCGAUGAGCGGCCGCCACAACGUCUCGCCGCCCGCCUCGAUCGCCCGGAGCUCCGACGGCACCGGCCUGUACGCCUCGAGCGAGGGCUCCGUCACGCUCAAGAACAUCGCGCUCGAGGAGCAGGUGGCGCUGCACCACACGGCACUAGCGAAAUGGCUGCGCGACUUCCUGCGGACGAAGGGCAGCAUCCGGCCAAACCGGGCGCGGGACAAGCUGCUGCGGCUGUCGGUUAUCCAGUUCCAGGAGCUGUCGACGGACGUGUACGACGAGCUACAGCGGCGGGAGCCGGGGUCCACGGGCGAGGAAAUCCCCGAGGGCGACACGCCGCCGUUCCUGCCGCCGAAACCGAACUUCCACGAGAAGCGCAACCAGGCGCGGCAGAAGCUGUCGACGCUCCCCGCCGAGCGCUUCCGCGACCUCGCCACCGACGUCUUCUACGAGCUCGAGCGGCGAUUCCCCCGCUUCCAGUCCGGCCUGAUCCCGCCCAUCACCUCGCCGACCAAUUCCAUGGAUGGCCGCGGAAUCCCGCCGAUGGGCGGCCGGGGCUCGCCGGGAAUGCCGCCGCGAAUGGGCUCGCCGGGCCCGAUGCGAGCGGGGAGUCCGGGCCCAGGCAUGAUGCGCCCCGGCGGGCCGUACCGGCCUGGCCCCAACGGACCACCGGGCACACCAGGUGGCACGAACGGCUACCGCGGGGCACCGCGCGGCCCGCCGCCGCAAAACGCGCCACCGGGGCCCCCGCGCGGUCUCAUGGGCCCCGACGGUCAGAACUCGUUCGGAAGACCGCUACCGAAAACGUUUCAGAAUAACACUAUCAUCCCGAAUAAGAGCACUAUGGUCGAGGAUGAUGAUGGCGAUGACGACGACGAUAUGGACGCGUUUGGGCUCGAGGAUAAUGGCCACCGCCGCAGCAAUGACCCUGGCAGGAGGGAGAGCGCCAGGAGUAUGGCCAGUAGGUCCGGGCAUGAUGCGGAUAAGAGAGUCAUCGCAGAGUACCAGAGCAAGGUCGAGAUUCUACACGACAAGGUUUCAAGCCUCGAGGCGAGUCUGGAGGAGAAGGAGGAGGAAUUGAAUCUUUUCAGGACCUCGGGCGGCGGCGGCGGCGGCUCAAGGGAUCAGGAUCAUGACCAGCAGCGCGAAUGGGAUAACCUCCGGCACGAACUCGAGGGGAAACUGGCGGAUGCUGAGAAUCUGAAUAAUAAUCUGCGGUCGGAGCUCGAUAGGGUCAAGGCGGAUUCGGCGGCGAGUGAGCAGUCGCUACAGCAGCAUGUGAGGGAUCUGCAGGAAGAAGUUGGACAGCUGAAGAGGAGUGGAGGCGGAGGUGGUGGUGGAGAUGGAGGUUCUGCCGAAUAUCAAGAAUUGCUACGACAACAUGAAGAUCUGAAAAUGGAUUUGAGGGAGCAGGAAGAGGUUACGGAGGAGGUUCGCAAGGAGGCGAUGGAGUUUCUCAAGCAGAUGAAGGACAUUUCCGAACGAGCUGAUGAGUCAUAUGAACGGGAAGAGAGGCUCCACGCGCAAAUCCAAAAGCUUCAGGGCGACGUACAGGAGUGGAAGGCGCGGUACGCGAAGGCAAAGACGACGAUCCGGUCCAUCCGAAGCUCGACCCUCGGACUUCAGGUGCCAACCUCGGGGGGACUGUUCGGGAAGGAGGGAAAUCUGGUCGAUGCCAAUGGCCUCGUCAAGGCUGUGCUCCUCACAAAGUUCCAGAUCUCGAUCGACGAGCUGCUCAAGGUCGCCCGCGGCAUCAACUUCCACCAAUCGUUGGACCAGGUCAAAUCGGUCGUGAUGGCGACUCGCGCGCUAACCAAGGGACUCGAGCGGGACCAGAGCGAGGCCGUUAACCGGGCGAAAUCUCGCAUCUCGGCCACGGCGAACAACCUCACCACCGCGGCCAAGAACCACGCCACCGGCUGCGGACUGUCGCCGGUAUCGCUGCUGGACGCUGCCGCAUCCCAUCUCACCGCGUCUGUCAUCGAGCUGGUCAAGCUGGUGCGCAUCCGCCCCACGAUAGAGGGCGAGUCCGACGAGGAGGAGGAGUUCGUCCCCGAGCCGCCGAACGAGGAUUCUCGCUACGAGGUGCCGGUGGGUGACCAUGAUUCCUCCACUUACCACGUAAACGGCGGCGGCUCCGGUGGCCACCGCAACAGCCACGGCCACGGCAGCAAUGGCGGCAACGUCAACGUCAACGUGCCGGAGCUGGACGUGAGUGGAGCCGAAAACCGGUUAAGUAACGAUUCUUUAUAUAGUCCGCUCAACUCGCCGCGGGGCAGCAGGAACGGACCCAGGAGUAGAGACGGGUCCGCGCUACUGGGCAGUACCAUCGGCACCGAGAGCAGGCAUUGGGGCAGCGCGCCGCCGCCGCAGUUCGCGAGAAGCGAGGUUGAAGAGCUCAGGGUAGGUGCACUCGAUUUUCCUAUGCCCCCAAGCCGGAAUAUGCAGUAUGCUUGAUUGAUUGAUUUGAUUGAUUGGCGCCUUUGUUUUUUGUUUUUUUGUU